AUGGGAGUACAUGCAAACGAGAAGCCAUACAGCUGUGAGAUUUGCAAUAAGGAGUCAUCAUCCAAAAGCAAUCUAGCAAUGCAUGACAUGACAUACAAAUUGAAAAUCCACCCAGUUAAACCUUUGAUAUCUGCAAUUGGCCUCCGAAAAACUAGUCUAGUAAAACAUAUGAUAGUACAAAGAAGUAAUACAACUGUGAUAUUUGCCUUCUCAUCAUCCAAACGUAAUCUAACAAUGCACAUUGGAAGACAUACAAAUGAGAAGCCAUUUAGCUGUGAGGUUUGUCAUAAGAUCUUCUUAUCAAAACACUUCAGGCAAAACACAAGCAAGUACAUGCCAAGUAGAAGCAUUUGCAUUAAGGCUGAAAUUGUUCUAGUACAGCAUUUGCAAUUACAUGAAAAGAAGAAGCUAUACAGUUGUGAAGAUAACAACAAACCCUUCACACAAAAAUGCAUCUAA